GAACACAGCUUGAAUCCCGAGGAGCAACUCGUUUUUUUCUUCUUCUAAUCAGCAAGGGCCGCGCAAGCCCUCGUACCGUAACACCGUGAAUAGAAGUGCAUUACAUUUCAAGCCGCGGCUCACAUAACCGAGUAUCCGCGGAUGCCGGCCCACAUGCUUUUACUCCGGUCCAAAGGACACAUGACACGUCUCAGAGGUGAUCGACAUGUUUCCGGUGGUGGUGGUCCACGGAGGAUCGGCUCAAGUCCCGAAGGAGCGUGAUGAAAAGGUCAAGUCGGGGGGGUGCUCGGCAGCCCGCGCAGGGUACGCCGUCCUCCGGGCUGGGGGCAGCAGCAUGGACGCCGUGGUGGAGGCCGUGAGCCAGCUGGAGAACAACCCAUAUUUCAAUGCAGGGCGUGGGUCGGCGCUAAAUAUCAGAGGGGAGGUGGAGAUGGACGCCAUCAUCAUGGAUGGGAAAACGCUUGGCAGUGGCGCUGUGUCUGCUGUGCGCAACAUAGCCAACCCCAUCCAGCUGGCAAGACUGGUGAUGGACAAGACAAGUCACGUGUGUCUGACAGCCAAGGGGGCCAAUCAGUUCGCCCGGUCCAUGGGCGUCCCCGAGGUACCCCCCGAGUCCCUCGUCACCGAGUACUCCCGCAUGCGCUGGACAAAGAACCGGGCACCCGGCACCGACACCGGGAAGAGCCAAAUGGGCAAGAUGGGCACGGUCGGAGCAGUGGCGGUGGACAGCGAGGGCAACAUGGCAUGCGCAACCUCCACCGGUGGGUUGGUGAACAAGAUGGAGGGACGGGUGGGCGACACGUCCUGCAUCGAAUUGUCACUGUGUGCAGGGAGCGGAGGUUAUGCUGACAACCAGGUGGGAGCAGUGUCGUCCACAGGCCACGGAGAAGCCAUCAUGAAGGUUACUCUAGCCAGACUCAUCCUGUUCCACAUGGAGCAAGGUCAGUCGGUGGAGGCUGCCAGUGAUUUAGGCCUGGCCUACAUGGAGUCCAGAGUGGGUGGACUGGGCGGAGUGGUGACAGUGGACCCUCAGGGCCACUGGGCCGCUCGCUUCUCUUGCCCGCAGAUGUUCUGGGCUGCCGCCCAGAAAGACACCCUGCACUACGGGCUGCAAACCGGGGAAGACUUCACGCAGAGCAUCGAUGACCCACUCUGACACGAGACACGUCACUUCUCUAGGGUUCAAUCAAGCUUCUGAAACAAGGAUAUUAAAAAUAAUAUUGCUGAUAGUCAA